AUGUCUGGUCGCGGUAAGGGUGGUAAAAGCUUGGGCAAGGGAGGUGCGAAGCGCCAUCGUAAAGUGCUUUGGGAUAAUAUCCAAAGUAUUACCAAGCCAGCUAUUUGUGCUUGGGGAGUGCUGAAGGUGUUCUUGGAGAACGUGAUCCGUGAUGCUGUCACUUACAGUGAACAUGCCAAGCGAAAGACUGUAAUGGCUAUGGAUGUGGUUUAUGCCCUGAAGCACCAAGGUCAUACUCUCUAUGGUUUUGGUGGCUAA